AUGUCCAUCUCAGCCCUCUCCCCGCCCCUCGGCCCCCUCGCCUCCCUCCCUCCCCAUGCUGCUGGCCUCGCCCGCCAAAAGAUCCUCCUCCUCGUCACCUCUGUCAACUCGUUCACCCAGCGCGUGCUCUCCUACCUCCAGUUCCUCGGCUUUGAGCAUGUCUCUGUCCAGCUCGCCAUCAGCGACGAGGCGAUGCUCCAAGCUGCCCAGAGCUGGCAGCCCGAUAUCGUGCUGUGCCCCUUCUUGACCAAGAAGCUGUCACCGAGCAUCCACAACACCUGGAUCACCCUCGUCGUCCACCCAGGCCCCCCCGGCGAUGCUGGCCCCUCCUCCCUCGACUGGGUCCUGCUCGGCGACAACGGCGCCGUCCCCUCUUCCACCGACCUCCUCCCUGCCCUCCUUUCAACCCUGCCCAGCCCUGUAGCCCAGCGCUCACACUGGGGCACGAUCUGCUUCCAGGCCACCGAAGAUCUCGAUGGCGGGGCUGUCUGGGCGUGGGAGCAGUACCCCCUCCCUCCCAUCGGCUCUGUUACCAAAGCCGGUAUCUACCAGAACCUCCACUCGCCUGCUGCCAUGACGGCUGUCAUCACUGCUCUCAUCAGGGUUUAUGAAAAGACUGCAGGUUUGGAUAAGGCAGAGUGGAUGAAUGUCGCGCCGGAGAAGAGCUGGCAAGAGCUGAGCGUCUCUUUGGGCGAGAGGUUUUUGGGCGGAAAGACGCACGAGAGGCCGUUGCUCCAGUCUGCCAAGCGAAGACCGGACUGGGAGAAGCAUACGGCUGAAGAUGUGCUGAGGAUCCUCAACGCUAGCGACUCUCAGCCGGGCGCUAUGCUGCAUCCUCUUACGUCUGACGCCAAGGCAUCGCUCUUUGCGUAUGGCGCCCAUCUCCACAAGUCGGCCGUCACCCUCCCCUCGUCGCUCUUUACUGCCCUGGGCUUUACUUCAUUCAAACAAGUACCCACGGGAACGCCCAUCGCCACAAGACUCGGUGCCGUCCUGUUCAAAACUGCCCAAACGCCCACUUCGUCUGCUGCCAUCUGGAUCACCCACGGCCGUGUACCCCGGGGCAAAGACAAGCCCAUCGACCCCAAGAUCCCCAUGGCCGAAGCUAUCAAGCUCGCGGGGCACGCCAAGAUCCUGGAGAAUGUGCAAGAGUGGACGCAAGAGACGUGGGAAGAGAGGGAGGGUGAGUGGCAGGAGGUGUUUGUGAGGAGUGUCAAGCAGGGUGAUGGUAUCGCCCAGUUUGUCUACUGGAGCUUCUACAAUGGAGCAUUCACGACUCAAAACUGCCGUACCCUCCUCUCAGCCCUCCAAUGGGCCGCCGACCCCUCCCGCGGGGAUGUCAAGGUGCUCGCCCUCAUGGGCGGCGCCUACUUUUCCAACGGUAUCGCCCUCAACACCAUCGAACACGCUUCCUCCCCCGGCCAAGAGACCUGGGACAAUAUCUGCGCCAUCGACGAUAUCGUCUCUUUCCUCUGCUCCGACAUUUCCGACGAGCAGCCUGCUUUCAUGCAGGGCCAGGGUAAGGCGUUGAGUGAGAGGGGCAUUGUGACGGUAGCGUGUGUGAGGGGGAACGCGGCUGCUGGUGGUGUGGCGCUCGCUACGGCUUGUGAUGUCGUCCUCGCCGGCCGGGGGGUGGUUUUGAACCCUUCUUACAGGGGUAUGGGUCUCCAUGGAAGUGAACUUCAUUCGUUCUCGUACUUGCACCGAUGUGGACCUAUCCAUGCGGCCGAGAUCUUGCGCGAGAUGAAGCCUCUCAACACAUCGCUCGCUCUCUCCUAUGGCCUCGUCGACGCCGAGAUUGGCUCCGGCUGGUCGUCCGUCCUCUCUUCCGAGGACCUCUUCAUCUCCGCCGUCCAAACCAUCCUCUCAUCUUCAUCAACCAACGCCCCCUACUCGUCCGCCCCCUGGGCCCGACCUACCAAACCCGAGAGGUCGACCGACGACAAGCCCCUCGUCGCCGCCAUGGCCGAAGCCAAAGUCCGCUACUUUACCACCACCCGCACCUUCCCUCCCCUGCACCACUUCCGCCAAGAAGAGCUCUCCCAAAUGCUGCUCGACUCGUUCCACCCGAUCCGGUCCGAGAGGUAUCACAGCCGCAGAUACAAGUUUGUGCGCAAGUCGAAAGCUGGCUCCACGCCUGCGCGGUAUGCGGUGCAUGAGAAGGAGAGGAGGCAGGAUGAAGAGGACAAGGCCGAGUUUGAUGAUGCGCCUGGGUGGGUGAGGGGUGAAGAGUGGGCUUGGGCGGGGUUGGAGACGCCUGCGUCGCUCAAGACGUCGGAGGUGCUCAGGAUUCCGCUGUACCCUUCCUCAGCCACCUUUGUGCCCGUGAAGGAACACCUCGCGAAGCCGCUCCACCAAGACGACAUCUUCCGCCGUCCUUCUCAGACUUCUACCUCGUCAUCGUCUGGUCCUGAUGAGCCUUUGAUCCGAACACCGUCGCCGGCCAAGUUGCUUAAUGAUGGUGUGUUUGAAAAUGCCCCUCAGGUGGCGAUGCACGAGUCGGAAGAACAGAAGGAGAGGCCGGUGUUGAGGGAACGCAAGUCGUCCGGUUUGGGUGCCAAGCUUCGCCAAGCAUUCAGGCUCAAGCCCAAGGCGGGCAAGGGCUCGAAGAAGAGUUUGAAGAAGGAUGAGAUCAAUGAGGCGUUGGGGCGAAAGCUGGGCAAGGGAGAGGAGGAGAGUGAGUGGCCUUGCCUCGUCACUGGUGGUGAAGAGUGGCAGGGGCACGCCGAGCAGGGGAACAUCAGGGGGCCCAAGGUUGAGGAGUUGUGA